AUUGAAUCUCAAUUUCCACCAUUUCUCUCUAUCUCCCUUCCCUCUCCUCUUAAUACCUCCGCCUUUCAGCGUUAAAGGCGUCCAUUUCAUUCUCCCCUCCUGUCCUCUCGCUCGCUUGCUUCCCCCCCACGAACCCUAGCUCGCCGGUCAGAAUUCGCGAUGAAGGGAGGUAAAUCCAAGUCCGAUGCCAAGAACACCAAGUUGUCGGUGGCUAAAAAGCCUGCUAAGCCGACGAAGAAAGCCGCUAAAGCAGCCAAAGACCCCAACAAGCCCAAGAGGCCACCGAGUGCCUUCUUCGUCUUCAUGGAGGAGUUCAGGGAGACGUACAAGAAGGAACACCCCAAAAACAAAUCAGUUGCAGCUGUAGGUAAAGCUGCAGGAGACAAGUGGAAGUCUUUGACCGAUGCUGAGAAGCAACCCUUCAUCUCCCGAGCUGAGAAGAGGAAGGCUGAGUAUGAGAAGAAGAUGAAGGCCUACAAUAAGGAACAGGCCGAGGGACCCAAGGAAGAAGAGGAGUCCGAGAAGUCGAUGUCCGAGAUUAAUGACGAUGAGGAUGACGAAGAGGGAAGUGGAGAGGAAGAGGAUGACGAGGAGUAAAUGAAUGGGAGAAGAAUAGAGAGCCCUGAAGUCACGUAGCCUGAUCACAACGUACCCUUGGAAAACAUGUCUAAUGGCUGGAUGGAUAAUUUCAUCUGUCAAUUAAUUUUUCCCAGUUACUACCCACCUUCUGUCUCCUAAGAGGAUGUAAUCUUUUCUCCCCCACUUUGUUUCAUCCUCCUCUGUAAGGAGUGUAUGGUCUGGUUGCGCGCGAUAGUUUGUUGUAGAAGUGGGGAGAUCGAGUCUAUCUGUAAUCUGAAUCAAGGUUCAAUGAUUUAGCUGAAAUGGUUCUCUUCUGUAGAUUCUGAACUCGGUUUCGUGUUGUAUCCUCCAGUUGCUUGUUCAUGUCUUCUGCGUUGAUUCUUUCAGGACUUGUGUCCCAAAUCCCAACCCUUUUUCUGAAAUGUCAUCGCGAUGUCUCUGCAUAUUUGUGUUUCUACG